GACUUCCUCAGUUUCUGGCGCACCAACGGGGAGCUGUGGUGCUGCUGCGGUGGCACAAUGGCCUUUUCAGCAUCUUGCUCGAGCUUGGCGAGGUGUCCAGAGCGUUGCCUUUCUCUUCUACAACCACCAGCACGUCAGACGGGGGGGUUCACAAUGCUCGCGCUGGAGCCGAGUUGCAGUGCGUUGCCACUUUGUUGCCGAGUUGGUGCGUUGUUGAGGAGGUCAGUCAAUGGCCGAGCCAUUUCGUUGAGAGGCCUAUCCAACGAGUUCCGGAGCCGGCACCCCGUGUUGGGGUUUAGAAAGGCAGCGUUGCAGCGGCAAUGCUCGAGUAGAAGGAGAGGGAUUGUUUGCAGCAUUCCUGAGACAAGUACCUCGGAGGCGGAAACGCACGAGGCUCCAGCUUCAACUAGUGCAGAGGGACACUCCGCACCCGAGCAGGAAAGCAGUUCGCCAGAGUCCAACAACGCUCCUGUCAAGGAUGGCCACCCCUCUUCCAGUUCCUCUGCUCUUUCCUCCUUGGACUCGUACUUUCAGCAAUUGGCGGGGACGGCAGCGGCUGAGGCCUCAAAGAGCGUGUCGAUAGAUGUGCGGCCAAGUGCGACGUCUUCGCAGGGGACUGCGAGCAAGAGCGGGGUCAAGUUGACAGAGAAGAAGAAGACAAAGGACCAGGAGGGGUUGAGUGCUCUGGAUGCGUACUUUGACAUGCUGAACCCUCCCAAACAAACUGAGCCAAAGGUGGAGAAACCAGUGCCUGUGGCUACGGCCAGCACAAGCGAGAAGAAAGACGAGACCACCGCAGACGACGUGGAUUUCCGCAAGGAGGUGAUGGACGCAUGGAAGAAGACGUUUGAGGAGGAGGAGAACCAGCAGGAAGCGCUAGACAUGGCGCAGAAGGCGCUGGAUAUCGUCAUCCAGGAGGAGCUCAGCCCGUGGAACCGCUUCCUUUUGCAGCACACCCCCAACGGAGUGAACACCCUGGCGGCCAUCAGCGUGGCAGUCUACCUGUUCGAGCUGGCAAGCCCGCAGACGGACCCAGGCAACUUCGCCACGUCACUUCCAAACCUCUUUGGCGCCAAGGUCAACGAGCUGAUAGCGUUGGGGGAGUGGUGGCGGCUGUUCACACCAAGCCUCCUGCAUGCGGGCUUCUUCCAUAUCGGCAUAAGCGUGUGGACGAUGCUACUGUUCGGGCCGCAAGUGGAAGCGGCAUACGGCACGACCUCCUUCGUCGUACUCUAUUUCCUGACUGGGGCGUUCGGCAACCUCAUGAGCUUCUUCCAGACGCAGGAUGCGACGAUUGGCGGAACGGGUCCCCUAUAUGGCAUGGUGGGAGCGUGGCUGAUAUUCCUCAUCAAGAACCGGGAAGUCAUUGGCAAGGAAAAGGCCGACAACAUGACGCGGCAGGCGAUCUUUUUGAGCGCGCUCAACGUGGCGCUCGGGAACCCGCUGCCGAUCGACGACUGGACACAUAUCGGUGCUGCUCUUGGGGGCCUUCUCUUCGGAGCCCUGGCUGCCCCGAAGCUUGUCAAGAAACCUUCGGACAACUUUGUGAACGAGAUCACUGAUGCUUCUUUCCGUAAUCUUAAUGAGGUCUUUGGGGGUCAGUUAGACUACAAGUCAGCAAAGAAAAUUGUAGAGUACACCAUAGAUCGAGAAGCGCUUGAUUAUAAGAAGCUAGCUUUGUCCGUAGGGGUUUCGUUGGGCUUGUUCGUGGCUUUGCUGCAAAUAGGUGUAACGGGUGAAAUGAACGUCCUACCAUCGAUUUUGAGCGCUGAGAAUAUCGACUUUCUUUGAGACGUUGCCGAGUUUUCAAAGAGUUGUGUACAGUAUAGAGUUCCCUUUUCAAGCAGGACAGCUCGGCAGAACACCUUCUUAUAUGCUAUGCGAGUGAUAGGUUCGUUUAGACAACGACCCAAUUUCCGCUUGCUCUUAACCCGCUCUUAAGCCCCG